GAGGAAGAAGAAGAGGAGUACGAUGUGAAGAUGGCGGCGGUGAGCAGCCCCACUAGCUCCAGCUCCAGCGGCUCCGACUCCAACAGCCAGGACGAGACCAGGCAGACGCAGACCCCCAAUAAUGUCUUCCGGAACGACGGGUCCUUCAUGGAGAUGUUCAAGAAGAUGCAGGAGGACCAGAAGAGGAAGGAGAAGGAGGAACCCACCAAGCGGCCGUCCUCAGCGGGGUCCCCCACCAGCAAGGACCCGCCGCCCAAGAAACCCGCCCUCAGUUUUGUGGGCAAACGGCGGGGCGGGAGAAUCCUGGCCACUGGCAUGGUCAAGAAGCAGCGGCGGGAGGCGGUCCCAGAGAAGCCGAAACCAGUGGAGGGCGGCAAGACUGACGCCUGGUCUCAGUACAUGAGCGAGGUGCGGAAGUACAAGGAACAGUCUUGUGAGGAGGAGGGCAAGAGACGACCGCUGGUCAAGUGAUUCUUCUCGUAACUGUUGUCGUCGUCGGCUAAAAAGUUUUAGCUUUGUUGCAUCACAGAGAUGCGGUGUUGUUGGAGUCGCCUAAGUUAGGUGUGGAUGCUGGUAUGGCUAAGGAAAGUGAACUUACCAAGAGCUACAUUUCAAGCUAUACCUCAUAACUAAGGAGGUGUUGAGAGACAGUGGUCGUUCAUUUUCAAAACUGUGUGAGAUAUCUGGCAUUGGUGAACCAGUCUAAACUUGUAUCCAGCAAAAUGGAAGAAAAGGGAGUGGUGAAAAGUGAUGAGUUCAUCACUGAAGCAGAAGUUACAAGUUGUAUUUGAAAAAAUAAAAAGUAUAAUUUAUUAAUCAGACGUUUCCACGAGUAAAGAAAAGGAUAAAGUCUAAUUGGUUCCAUGUUUUCCUGGCUAUAUCAAAACUUGUUACAGUAUAAUCUAAAAGUAAAGCAUUUUCAUUUGUCUCUGCAACUUGUGAAGCAAACUGUUGACGUACCUGUUUCCAAAUUGUCCUAGCAUGCACAUUAGGCGCGUCCCCGAGACAUCACUUUAGGAAUGCAUUAAGAGUGCCCAGAUCUUGCUGCUAGUUGAGUGGUGGCCGCAGGAUCACAAGUUGACUGACAAGUGUACAUGGUUUGCAGCAAUUUCUCCCAGGUCAAAGAAGUGCCCUGUAGUCAUAAUUAUUCACAAAAUAUAUUAAGGUAGUGUAUCUGUGAUUGUAUUAGUAGAUGGACUUCAAAAGUUUUAUUGAUGUGCAGUCACUUGCCUACUCUGCUUGGACUUGUAUGAAUAUUUGCCUUCUCUUUCAUUCUCAGUGUACCUCACAGCUCUGUAAAGCAUACUCUGUACUCCUCAAGGCAUAAAUAGGAUUGCUUGUGUGGCAGGGUUCAAAUAGUAGGCGGCCUAAGCCUCAAAACUAGCCUGGCUUGACCUGACCUAGUAGCAGCGUUGACCCAGUGCCUUCACACGGGCAACCGUCGAGUGUUUCAGCAUGAUGAAACGCUCCCGUCAGCUACGUUAUGUUACCUCACUCAGAGCUGCGUCAAUGCCUCCGGGGACAGCACACACACCUGCCUGACUGUCUACGCGUGUUGUUGUCGGAGGCGCACAAGUCUAUAACCUGGCCCAAGGCUGGAGUUUGUAUACACACUGUAGAUGCAUCAUGAAGUCUAAAAGUGCUCCUAGUGGUAUGCAUAUUCUUGUCAGGUCCAACAAGCACACUUCAAAUUUGAAGGAAAAGAUGUUAUAAUGUAGUAGUUUCAUGUAUUCAUGUUACUUGAUAUUUUCCCUAACAGCAUUGUUCAUCCUGGUCCAUGAUAACAAUGUCAGGACCAUCAAAGAAAAAGUAAAGCAAACUUCAUG